CGACCAUGGCCCUUCUCGUCUCGGCACACCAGCGUGACGAUGCUCUGCACCCGGCGCCGACGUGCACGGAGCCCGAGUGUCAUCACUGCACCAAGAAGCCCAAGCUCGACGCGUCCCCGGGCAAAGGCGCCUCCACGACGAGCAAGCCGAGCUCGACAAACACGACGCCAAUGCCCCCACGCCCGUCAAGUCCCGUCCUCACAGACAGCACCGUGUCUCUCGGGAGUUUUUGGACCGACGACAUUCCGCAAGCGACAAUAGAGAGCGUCGAGAACGAGAUUCGAAGCUGGCGCAACGCCAUCUUACGGGGCGAGACACCCGACUUGCGACCCAACCUUUCAUGA